UGCUUCCCCCCCAACACAUUCAUAUCUCAUAGACUCUUUUAACUCUCUCUCUCUUACACACACUGUUUGACUGUGUGUGAAUGUGUGUCUAUUUAUUUAAACCUUGGUUGGCGGCUUUGUUUGUCAUCACAUCUCACAAUGGGCAGAGCUACUAGUUCUUCUUCUUCUUCAAUUGACAGUAACAACCAUCAAUCUCUCUCUAGUUCCUCCUCUCUUUCUCAGCUAAAGAGAGAUCUUAGCACAGAUCUUAGGCUUGGACUUAGCAUUUCAGCCUCUCAACACAACAGCUCUUCAACUCCAAGGGUGCAAACAUUGGAUUAUCCACCAAUUCAGUCACUUGUGGCAGAAGGAAACGAGUGCAAUGAUCAUGCCACCUUCUUUGUUAAGGUUUACAUGGAGGGCAUUCCAAUUGGGAGAAAGCUGGACUUACUAGCCCACGAUGGUUAUGAUGACUUAAUAAGGACUCUUGACUACAUGUUCAACACCAACAUUCUCUCAGGGGGAGCUGAAGUGGAUACAAUGCAUCCUGAGAAACGUCAUGUAUUAACAUAUGAAGAUGAGGAAGGGGAUUUGAUGAUGGUUGGAGAUGUGCCUUGGGAGAUGUUCUUGUCCACUGUGAAGAGAUUGAAGAUUACAAGGGCAGGCCCUUGCUGAUUAAGAGACUUUGAUGCAUCCUAGAUCCUAGUCUCUCUCUCUCUCCCUCUCCAAUUUUGUCAUGUGGAGUUAAACCAAUAUAAUGCCCCCAAGCAUUAGUACUCUUGUGAAUUUUGUUCUGAAGUUGCGCAUGUACAUCUAUACAUGAUCAUACAGGCAAUAGUUUUAUCUUCUCUUCUGGAUGCAUGUAAGAAUUUUGUAUGAUAGUGAUGUAGUUAGCAAUCUUAAUGCAGAAAAAAGAUGACAUAUAUUCCUGA